AGAAGCCACCGCACGUGACGCGCGUCAAGUUGGGCUCCGGGACUACGGGGCGGCACCCCGGCCUGGGCGUCCAGGGCAGCCCCCGACGGGCGGCGGGCGGGAAUGCCCAACUCCAGUCUCAGGGGCGCCAGAAGCCAGCGGGGUUCAGACAAACGACUCCCCCACCACCUCCCGCCACCCUAAACGUCUACCCCGCCGGCCAUGGGUAGCCGCGAUCACCUGUUCAAAGUGCUGGUGGUGGGGGACGCCGCGGUGGGCAAGACGUCCCUGGUGCAGCGCUAUUCCCAGGACAGCUUCAGCAAACACUACAAGUCCACGGUGGGAGUGGAUUUUGCUCUGAAGGUUCUCCAGUGGUCCGACUCCGAGGUGGUGCGGCUCCAGCUGUGGGACAUUGCAGGGCAAGAACGCUUCACCUCUAUGACCCGUCUGUAUUACCGGGAUGCCUCUGCCUGUGUUAUUAUGUUUGAUGUUACCAAUGCCACUACCUUCAGCAACAGCCAGAGAUGGAAACAGGACCUGGACAGCAAACUCACACUGCCCAAUGGGGAUCCUGUGCCCUGCCUGCUCCUGGCCAACAAGUGUGACCUGUCCCCUUGGGCGGUGAGCCGAGACCAGGUUGAUCGGUUCAGUAAAGAGAAUGGCUUCACAGGUUGGACAGAGACAUCAGUCAAGGAAAACAAGAACAUUAAUGAGUCCAUGAGGGUUCUCAUUGAAAAAAUGAUGAACAAUUCCAAAGAAGACACCCUGUCGUUGUCCACCCAAGGGAACUACAUCAACAUAGAAACCAAGUCCUCCUCUGGCUGGACCUGCUGCUAACGGUUGUUUUUCCUCACAGUCUUAAGUGUUUUUUCCAUCUCUGCUACUCGGUGGGCCCUGCCUGAGUUGCAUCAAGCACAGUGAACUGUCUAGUGAGCAGGACCAGCCGCACCUGGAAAGACAUCUGAGGCCGCGUGCAUUUCUGCAGCCCCAACAACUUGGCUCUCAUCUGCUGCUGCCCCUCUGGCUCCGUCAGAACCUUCGGGAUAAGAAAAGUCACCUCACUCUUUGCUCUGGGAUCUGGGAUUCUGUGGAACUCAGUAUCUGUGUCUCUUUUUUUUUAGGGGGGCAGGGUGGAGGGCACACCCAGUGGUGCUAAGGGCUUACUCCUGUCUCUGUGCUCAAGAUUCACUCCUUGUGGUCUUGAACGACCAUAUGUUGGUGCCAGGGACCAAAUCCAGGUCAGCUGAGUGCAGGGAAGAUACCUAAACCCACUGUGGUCUCAUGCCUUGUAGAUUUUUAAAAUUUUUUUUUCCUUCCAAUUAUUCUCUCCUAUCUCUCUGUCUCUCUCUGUGUGUCUCUCUUUAUCUCUCUCUGUCUUUGUCUCUCUGUCUCUGUCUCUUUCUCUCUUCCCUUCUCUUCCCUCGCCCCAUCCCCACCCCAUUGAUUUUACCAUUUAUAUUUUUGUUGAGGAGCUGUUCCUGACUCUUCCUGGCAAUGUUCAGGGAACCAUAUGUAGUGCAGGAUUGAAGUGGGACCCGCUGCAUGCAAGGCAAGUGCCUUACCUCCUGUGCUAUCCAUCUGGCCCCUCUGUUUUUUCUGUUGUUUUAUUUUUCUUUGGUGGAACCCAGGAUCUCAGAGUAGCCAGACAUGUGCCAUUUCCCUGAUCCGCACAUCUGUGUUUUAAGAAUCAUAAUUCUCACCUGGUUUUGAGCUUAUUUUUGCAUUUGAUAUAUGUUGAUAUCUCAAUCUAAUGAUUUCAGACAGCAAAUAAAAUAAGAGAGAAGGUC